AUUAAUGAAGACCAAUCUCAAACCGUGCGUUACCCUCUUCGUGGUCAGCGUUCUGGUAUGCCCGACCUCGAAGACCACGCAGACGACGAUCGAUCUUCACCGGCGCGUCCACCUAGUCGCGGUCAGCUUCUUGGGCUACGUCAUAAGGAUGACAAGAACGCUCUGACAGGUCACGGCACUCAUCGUACCAUGCAGGAAUCUGCCGACGACGAGUCGGACGGGGAGAGCCUCCACCAAACCAAGCGCAUCAGACGAGACGAACGAGACGAACAAGCCGAGAGAGCUGAGCGAGACGAACGAGCCGAAUCAUCUCUAUUCUUCAACCGCGAGGAGCCUCAGCAAACCCCCAACAUUCCUCAGCAGCGUAGCAAGUUGGCGGCGUCCAUUCCGAACCCAAAUCUUGGAAACCUAACCGACAGAGAGAGUUUUAUGAACAGCCUCAUCAUGUCUACUGGCUUCACCCCUCAAGCCGGUGGAACUCGCAAGAACAUGGUGGAGUUAGACCCUGAAAAUCAUUGGAUUAAGGAUAUGCGGGUAAUUCACAAGAUGUCCUGGGGAGAAAUCAAGGACAUAAUGAAUGCGCAACGCGCCAGAGAGAAGAAGCCCCAGACCUACAGCGAAGCCGCCGUCUACGGACGCUUCGUGCGCAACGCCCCGCGCAUCGCCGAAUUCAAAGGUGAAGACUUCACCGUCAGCGACCACAUGCACAUCAAGCCCUCGGAGCGCCGCGCCGCUGUGGCUGCCUCGUCCAAUCCCCAGGUCGCCGCGCAGACCUCGACCACCGGUACAAAGUGGAAUGACGAGAAGAGGGAGCAACUCAUUCGCUGCUGGGAGGACGCUAAUGGAGAGCUUUGGCAGGCCGUUGCGGACAAGAUGGAGCUGUAUUUUGCGGAGUCCUUCGAUCCGGCAGAGUUAGAGAAGUUGUGGGGCAAGUUUGGGAAGGGUGGACUCAUGGCACUUUCCAACAUUUCUAUGGAUACUACCUAAAACGGUGGCGAUGAGGUGCCUGAGUAGAGACGGAGUCAGACCCGAGAUCUGAUUUCAAGAGAGUUUCUAUGCUGUCAAAAGGCCCUCAAGAUCAUAUCACGACUGUCAGAGGAGAGCGCAGAAGGCCCGAUAUUAGGGUUCACGACAAUGCUGCUUUUCUCCUGGCAAAACUUUUCAUUCACUUGGGCAUUGAGGUUGGAUCACUGCUUGCUUGGGGAGGUUUGAUGGAUUCAUUCAUCUUCUCCUCCCAUCACUAUGGUCCACCUCCGAUUUCAUGUUUGUUGCCCCUCUUUCUUUUUUUUCCCUUCCCUUCCCUUUCUUUCCCUUUUCCUCCAUCAUAAUUCUACGGCAUAGCCCGGCGUCCCGGCUGGGACAACACUGAUUCCCAUUGCGGAUUCACAAAAUACCCUUCCCCUAGCCUCCUACCCUUUGAGAUUCUGCGACAGGCACAAUGUUUAGAUAAAAAAUGAUGAACUGCAUCGGAAU